AUGAGAUUUUUAGCUCAGUAUAAGUUUAUUAUAGCGAUAGAAAACGCUGUUUGCAAUGAUUAUAUAACUGAAAAAUUCUGGCGCGCGAUAGAAGCGGGUACAGUACCGAUCUACUUCGGUUCGCCGCUGAUCAGGGACUGGUUGCCGAACAACAAGUCAGCCAUACUGCUGGAGGACUUUCCAACGCCGGAGCUGCUGAGCCAACACCUGCACUACCUCCUGCUGAAUGACACGGCGUACGAAGAAUACCUUGAACACAAAACUUCAGGGCUAAUUACAAAUCAGAAUUUAAUUAAUGAAGUAGCAGCUAGGCCGUACCAAUUUAACAUAGAAGAUGUUAUUCAUAGUGUCCGAUCAAUAGCUGAUAACCCAGAUGCUUACAUGUUUUACGGGGCUACGUUGGACAGAGUCCCUUUACCGAGAGACCCGGGGACUAUUUGGGGGUUAUUCCACGAUGAAACUCCUUACACUACUAUAGAAAACGCUGUUUGCAAUGAUUAUGUAACUGAAAAAUUCUGGCGCGCGAUAGAUGUUGGCACAGUACCGAUCUACUUCGGCUCACCGCUGAUCAGGGACUGGUUGCCGAACAACAAGUCAGCCAUACUGCUGGAGGACUUCCCCACGCCGGAGCUGCUCAGCCAACACUUGCACUACCUUCUACAGAACGACACGGCCUACGAAGAACACCUUGAACACAAGACUUUAGGGCUUAUUUCAAAUCAGAAUUUAAUUAAGGAAGUAGCAGCUAGAUCUUACCAAUUUAACAUAGAAGAUGUUAUCAAUAGGUUUGAAUGUUUCGUUUGCGAAAAACUGCACGAUAGUGACAGUAAAACAGCUCAUAUGAUAUGA